CACUCUGCUUCUAUCCAGCAAACCACUCGACCCUAUUAAAAUGAUAAAAUAAGAAUUAUGGCAAACUUCGAAGGGAAAAGAGCUUUGAUCUCAUAUGGUCCCCACCAAGAUGGAGGUUGGAAAAUGAAGAACAUUUCGUUGAGACCCUUGAAAGCAAAGGAGUUGUUGGUUGAGAUGGUCGCAACGGGGGUUUGUCAUACAGAUCUCCAUUUCGGAGGUAUGGUGAGCGGGUACGGCGUUCACUAUCCUCGUAUCAUGGGCCAUGAGGGGGCGGGAUACGUGAGAGAAAUCGGACCAGAUAUCACGGCUGCGAAAAUAGGCGACCCGGUCAUCCUCUCCUUUGCAGCAUGCCGCAACUGCGAGCAAUGCCUCAAGCAACACCCCGCUCACUGUAUCCGAUCGCAACCCCUUAACUUCGAAGUCGGUCCGGAUAAAACCAGUCCUCUUAUGGUGAGGGCCAAUAAGCGAUAGGAUUGAGCGUUUUACUGAAGAUCUUCAAGAAACGAAAUUCUAUUUCCUAAAUAAUAUAAC